GAAGCUAUCGUGCUCCUUACGUCCCGAUUACCUUGUCGGACCUGCCACGAGGACUUACUAGAUGGCCUUGGUGGUCUUUCAUCCUAACUGUACUUACCUUCUAUCAUAAGUCUAACUGCUUCCUUGGUGCCAACCCUGUCUCAUCAGUCCUCCAGGCCCCCAAAUAUGUAUCGUCGAAGAGCUUCUCCUUUUUGGGCAGUGUGCUUAUUUCUAUCAUGUUCUAUAAGGGCAUUCUGCGCUACCGACGGGACGGCUUGGGCUGAUUUGUCACUGGAACAGGGCUACCGAAUGAAUGGAAUGCUGGCUCGUGAACGCCGCAUGCAGGAUGAUACAGUGACCAUGGGCGAUAUCGCGACCGUGAGGGGCUUGCCCACGCGCUUCACAAUUCGCCCCAUGAUAGACAACUCGCUCUGCGUCAACCGCGUCCAAAUGACUAGUACUGCUGUCGUGCGCGCUAGGUUCCGGAGCGGCCUUCCGCAAUCGGACCAAGCGCAACUUGAAGAUUACGGCAUUAACCGUCUCGUACUGAUGAACUGUUCCGGCGCCCGCACGGAGACCUUCGUCGCGGAAGCCGCCCUGGGUCGCUCGUACCAUAAUAGCGACACCAACUACCGCAUUGGCUUUUUGAAAAACCCAUCCGAUUUGAGCCAAUGCGCGUACGGCGUGAACAGCACGUACACUGAUGGCCAUCCAGUGUUUGGCGUUACGGGCACGCUGUAUUACGAGGAGCACGCCAACAAAACCAAUGCCAGCAGCCAGUACGACGAAAAUGACAAUGAGAUGGACUGGUACGACGAUUACAACUUCAACUAUGCGUCGUACGUGCGGUAUGGAUACGACCCAGCUACAUUGGUGUCAAACAGCACCUUCAAGUCCCCGAAUCCGCUGCCCGUUACCAUGCUAGAUGCAUCGGGUUGGGGCCCCUUCCCCUCCUCCUGGGGCCCCUGCAUGAAGAACCCCACAAUAGACUCAGCCACGCCAACCGACACAACCGCCUCUGAGUUACAGCUGCGGUAUCAGACUUUCAUCUUCUUGGACGUGCGAGAUACGGCCUCCAUAUCCCACCUGCCGGCGGCCGUACGGCGGAACGGCUACGCACUCGCCACUCUUGGUCCGGACCGGCCCCAGCCAGACGUUUCCCCGCUGGCGGGAGAGGUGGACGCCGGCGCGCUGUCGGCAGAUCUCGGUGGUGGUGACAAGCCGUACGGCACCGGCUACAGCUCCCUGGUUAGCAAUGAGCUUUGCAUGACUACUAGCGUAGUGAAGGAAGGAGCUGAGGUGCGACUGGCCCGCUGCAAUCCCGUGGCGCCCACCCUGGAGCAGGCCUUCCAGAUUGUGGGCGUCCUGAGAGCCAGGGUUGCGUCAAUGCAGUUAGGCGAGCGCUGUAGUAGCCUGCGCAGUAGCGGUCAGUACGGGGGUCGGCACAUGUCACAGGGCGGCAGAACCUUUGCCAAUACCGGUAUUGGUAGCAUGCAAGAGUUGUUGAACGAGCUGAGCACUAUGUGAACGACGACGGGAGUUGUCCCGAGGCGCGGCCAAGGAAGCCACACGACGCGGCCGGGUUACAUAUGAUUUAUUCAUUGACUUAGGGUAAUGUAAUGCCGUACUACGUGUCGUAUUCGCUGCACAUGGUCACGCUGCUACCGUGCUGUUAUCGUACUGCGAG